CUUGAACCUUGUCCUUCACCAGAUCAAGCAGCAUUAACAGUACGAGCCAUGGCUAUACAAGGGGUGGAGCAGACUAUCGUGCGGGAUCCCGCCUUAUUCUAUUGGAUUUUGUUCCCUAUUACGAUUGUUAUGAUAUUGACGGGUAUCCUUCGCCACUAUGCGACGGUGUUGAUGAACAGCCCUCCCAAACCCCCUGCCACCCUAGCCGAGUCCCGCGAACGUCUUGCCCUCCAGCGGGGCGUGAAUCUGCGCGCCAAUGCUUGUGCUGUCCUGAGCAAGGAAGCCUUUGAGAUGAGGAAGAACUAUCUCGUCUCCGCAUUUCGAGAUGGAGCGUUCCUCAAAGACCCUUCAAGACGCGGUGAACCGCCUGCAAAUCCCAUGUCGGAUCCGGCGGGCAUGGAAGCCAUGAUGGGUAUGUUGAAGGGGAAUAUGCUUACGAUGAUUUCGCAAACACUCAUCAUGAGCUGGAUUAAUGCUUUCUUCGCGGGAUUUGUCAUUUUGAAACUUCCUUUCCCUCUAACCAUCCGCUUCAAAUCAAUGCUACAGUCUGGUGUUAUGACUCGCGAUCUGGACGUUAGAUGGGUUUCUAGUUUGUCGUGGUAUUUCCUGAAUCUGUUCGGUCUUCAGUCCGUGUUUGGUUUCAUCCUUGGUAGUAACAAUGCUGCCAAUCAAAUGGCUCAGCAAAUGGCUUCCAUGAACCCUGCCGCUGCUGUGAAUCCCUUCCAGCCUGGCCAAGACCCCGAUAAGCUAUAUUUGAGCGAGGCUGAGAAUUUGGAGGUUAUGGAACAUUUCUGUAUUCUGGAUGGUAUUGAGGAGAGAGUUUUGAAUAAACUCAUGUCCCAAGUGAAGCUUUAGCUGAGUUGAUUAAGGCAUAUCUGAUAAACUUGGGGGUUAAGAAUUCUGUUGGUUAGAGCUAAGAAUUGGACUGGGGCAACCCUAUCG